AUGGCGUCCGCCGCCACAGCGGGCGCAGGGGAGCAAGGAGGGGACGUGGAGGAAGGCGGCAGCGGGCUGGGGAGGAGGCGCCCGCCUCCCGUCUCCUCUCUGUCAGCCUUCAGCUACAUCCCGCCCCGGCGGGAAGGUCCCGCGGAGCUCAGCUACUUCCACCGGGUGGCCCAGGCAGGAGGGGUUUCCACCUACGACUCCAUUUUUAAAAGACCAGAGGGUUACAAUGAAAAACUUCACCGAUGCGACAGAGAACAUGCAAGGAGUCGUGGUCUUAACGUUAAUGAUGAGGAAAUGGCAAGACCUGUCGCUGUUUUGUCAUCUUCAGAGUAUGGGAGACACAGAAGUAAGCACACAGAGCAGCUGAUCCGAAGUCAUGCAAGGAUUAAUUGUGUGCAGGCAGAAUUCUACAGGAAAAAUGGCAUUACGUGCUUAUUGGAAAAACCUUCUCCAAGACUGGAUCCGUGCUAACAUUGCCAGCAAUAUUUGUCUGCAAAGAAGCAUGUCAAAAUGCAGAAUAGUGCUUCUGCCUUUUUCUUCUGCGUUUUCAUUAAUGAAAAUGAUUUAUAUGAAAUAACUGCACUUUUCCUCAUGCUGAUUCAAAUCUAUGUUUUCUCCUUUUAGUUUCUUAGAAGUCUCAUGUAGAACAUCCACAAAAGCUGAACAUUUUAGGAAGCAACACUGGAAAUUAAAUCUGUUGGGUCAACAGACGUCUGUGCUAUUUCAGGCAGUAGCUACAUAAUUGUUCACUGAAUGAACAUUAAAUUUGCUCCUCGGGGUAUUAAUACUUUCUUAAUACUUACAGUUCUUAAUCCCUACAAAAUCUGUAUACAUAUUUUUCUUUUUUUCUGCAGAACAGUAAUUCAAUCAGUAAUUCAACCCAGAUUUUCCAAAGUGGAUGAGAAAGUAAAUAAAGAUCUGAUUUCUAGAAGUACUGAGGAAUUUCAUUAGAGUUCAAGUGGAAGUGAAGUUAAAGGGAACUUCUCAGUGCUUAGCAUGUAAGAAGACACUAAAAUUUUGAUUUAAAUUAUUUUAGGCAUCCUUUUUGCUGACGUCAGUUAAGAAAAAUGCUGUCAGAGGGAUUGAUCUGUCACCAGAAGAAUCACUUUUGUAGACCAGUGCUCUACUACAAAGAGAGCAAUAACUCAUUAGUUUGGUACAAAGGAUUAAAAAAAACCCAACAACACAAGUUGCUUAAAAAGUAUGUCUAGAGGUAAAUGUCUAAAGCCACUUAAACACCUUCUUCCUUCUAUUCUCAUUGAAUCCAGUAGUGGAGUUUUAAGAUAUUUUCAGGAAAAGAAACACCUUCUGCAGGGUGUGCAUCCUUGUGGUUCUGCAGCAUCAUUGAUCCUGUUGUUGUUUAAAGCUGAAGCAAUAUUGAUACUGUUCAAUAUCAAACAUUUAGCCAGACCGAUCACGCUUGUUUAAGAAGGAUUGGAAAGCCACAGCAUUGCCUGACACUGUACUUCUGUCAGACACUUAAAUAGGAAAUGAGUCUGCUAGGAAAAAAUAAUACAAAUAAGUACUUCCUGUAGGGCCUUGGAUAUGCAGGGAACUAGGCAAUUGAUAUAGUAUUUGGUAUGAUGUGAGGAGCUGAUUAUACAGAGCAGUCCAUUCUUAGAGGUGUUUGGCACUUUCAGUAUUUACGGCUUGUAAUGUCCCCUCUUUCAGUGAGUAAUGGCUGUGGAUAAGAGGGCAGAAACUGCUACGUUCCUUUUCAACAACGAAUACUUCAUUAAAGAAAUCCAGCAGCAUUAAAUGAAAAGGAAUCACACACAGUAUGAAUGA